AUGGAAUCAGACGAAUAUAACGUGACAGAUUCGGAAGAUGAUUAUUCGGAAGAAGAAAAAGUUUUGUUGGAAAAAGCUCGGGAUUCGAUGAGAGAAAAAGAUAUUUCAACCGAUGAAGAAGUUUAUGGAUUUGAUGGGUCUGACAGUGAAGAUGAAAAUGAUAAACUUAGUGAUAUCGAUAUGGGAAGUGACAUUGAAGAAGAGGAAAAAUUACCUGAUGAAAGAGCAUGGGGAAAAAAGAAAAAAAGCUUUUAUAGUACAGAUUUUGUUGAUCAGGACUAUGAUGGUAUAUAUCAGGGACAAGAAGCAGAAAUAGCAGAAUUGGAAGAACAAGAAGCUAAAAAUAUACAAAAACGUCUCACUGAACAAUUAAACGAAGCAGAUUUUUCAAUCAGCGAAUUAGUUAAUCUAGCAGAAGCAUCUGAAAGUGCAUCGAAAGAAAUCAUUCAGACGGAUUUGUCGAAAUUAUCCAAAAGGGAAAAAUUAGACCUUGUGAAAAAAGAAUCGCCAGAGUUUUUUGCACUCAUUCAAGACUACAAGGAAAAAUUAGAAGAAGCGCAAAAUUUUAUGCCUGUUAUUAAUUAUUUUAAAAAUAAAAUGAAAAAAUCAUUUCCAGCAUUAGAAUUUCUACAAACUAAAUUAACAAUCAUUUUAAAUUAUUGCACAAACAUAAGUUUUUAUUUAUAUUUAAAAGCUAAAAGGAUUCCAAUUAAAAAUCAUCCAAUAUUAAAAAGUUUAUUUAAAUAUAGACAACUUCUUCAACAAAUGAAUGAAAUCGAUAUGAAAGUAAUUAAACCGGAAUUAAAAAAUAUAUUAAAAUUAAUCGAAUCAGGGAAAGAAAUUGAAAUCGAUGAAGAAAUCAUAUCACAUAAACCAAUAUUAAAAUUAUUAACGAAAAAACAAAAACAACAACAAUUGGAUAAAUCAAAUAUGGAAUUAACGGAUGAGGAAGAUUUUGAUGAAAAUGAUAGGGAAUCCAUUGAUGAGGAAGAAUCCGAAGAGCGAGACGACAAUCAAGAAAACCUGAACGAAAAAAGAGCAAUAACGUACGAAAUGGCUAAAAAUAAAGGUUUAACACCGAAAAGGAAAAAAGAAUUGAGAAAUCCAAGAGUUAAAAAUAGGAGGAAAUAUGAAAAGGCUAAAAUAAGAAGAAAAGGACAGGUACGAUUGGCUAGAAAAGAAAUACCUUCUUACGGUGGAGAACUCUCGGGUAUAAAAACAUUCGUGACAAAAAGUAUAAAAUUUAAAUGA